UUCCACCAGUUCAUGCUUCUGAAAGCACGCCUGUGUGGAUACCAGUAUGUUUCAAGACCGAAGAGGCUGUUGGUGUUGUUAUUUACAAAAGCAAGCUUUUAUAAUAUGCCGUGUGAAGCUGCCGCUCACUUCUUAAUUCUGUACGGAUCUCAGCGUGGUCAGGCUCAGUCUAUAGCAGAAGAGAUCUGCCAACAAGCAGCUGAGCAUGGAUUAACAGCAGACAUCAACUGUCUGAGCAAGCAUGACAAGUAUAACCUGGACAGUGAAAGCCGCCCAGUCGUUUUUGUGGUUUCCACGACUGGUGAUGGUGACCCUCCGGACACUGCUCUGAAGUUUGUGAGAAAAAUCAAGAAUAAAUCUCUGCCACACGACCAUCUUUCUCAUCUGCGGUAUGCGCUGUUAGGUUUGGGAGACACAAAUUAUGCAAAUUUCUGCAACGGUGGGAAGACCAUUGACAGCUACCUGCAGAAACUUGGUGCUAAACAUUUUUAUGCCACUGGACAUGCAGAUGAUGGCACUGGACUAGAAGUAGUGGUGGAUCCUUGGAUUGAGGGACUUUGGGACGCUUUGAAAAAAACAUUUUCCACCAUGUCCACUUCAGAUCAACAGACCCACCGUGACUGUACGCAGGACAAUUAUCAUCAAAAUGCAUCUGAUCAAGAAAAAAAUCUGGAAGUUGAUCUUCAUCUUUUAAAGCUGAGUGAAGUAGACUCACCAAAAGGAGAAACUGUUACAUCUGACAGCAGUGCUACAGAGAUUGGCUCUACUACAUUGGUUGCAUCUUUGAAGGAAUCUGUGCCACCAUUGUCAGAGUCUGUGCUUAAUGUUCCUGCACUUCCACCUUCAUAUCUGGAGGUCCUGUUGGUGGGGACAGAAAAUGUAGAGGAGACAGUCUUGCCUGACAAAGACGGUUAUCUUGAAGUGCCAAUUUCAAAGGCAGUUCAAUUAACUCAAGAUGAUGCAGUGAAAACUGCCAUCUUGCUGGAGCUUGAGAUUUCGGAGCAGGAGGAAGUUUAUCAGCCUGGCGACGCUUUUGAUAUUCUCUGUCCAAACAGAGCCAGUGAGGUUGAAGAGCUGCUGCUUAAACUGGAUCUGCAAAAGCAAAAGAACUGCACUGUUCAAGUUAACCUGCUUAAAAACACCAGCAAGAAAGCAGCAAAAGUUCCACUUCACAUCCCACAGAAUGGCUCUUUGCAGUUUAUUCUCACCUGGUGUUUAGAGAUAAGGAGCUCUCCGAAAAAAGCAUUUUUGCGAGCGUUGGUGGACUUCACUCAAAAUGCUUCAGAGAAGAGAAGGCUUCUGGAACUGUGUAGUAAACAAGGAUCGGCCGACUACAACAGCUUUGUCAGAGACUCAAAUGUGUGUGUGUUGGAUCUCCUUCGGGCUUUCCCAUCCUGCCGACCCCCACUCAGCCUUCUCUUAGAACACUUGCCAAAGCUUCAACCCCGAGCCUACUCUGCCGCCAGCUCCAGCCUUCAGCACCCGGGGAAAGUUCAUUUGGUGUUCAAUGUUGUGGAGUUCCCAGCACGUCCCGAGCAUCCGGCGAGGAAGGGGUUGUGUACGGGCUGGCUGGUUGAUCACGUCUCCUCAAUCUUGGAGGCCCGUGGGACGGCACCGGCUUCAGAGCGUCCAGGCACAUCAGCCCUGCCGAAGGUACAUGUCAGAGCUCGUCCCAGUAGCACCUUCCACUUACCAUCCGACCCCCGUGUUCCUGUAGUGAUGGUGGGGCCUGGGACUGGUGUUGCACCUUUUAUUGGAUUUCUCCAGCAGAGAGAAAAAGAGCGUGAAGCAAACCAGGAGACGACUUUCGGAGAGAUGUGGCUGUUUUUUGGAUGCCGUCACAAAGACAAAGACUUUCUUUUCAGAGAGGAGCUGGAGAGAUUUGUGCAUAAUGGGACCCUGAGCCAUCUGAUCGUGUGCUUCUCCAGAGAUGAGCCCGAUGCUGUGGAAACCGUUAACAGACCAACAUAUGUCCAGCAUAACCUGAUCCUCCAUGCUAAAAAUGUUGCCAGAAUUCUACUGAAAGAAAAAGGCUGCCUUUAUGUCUGUGGGGAUGCUAAGAACAUGGCCAAGGACGUGAAUGACACUUUACUGGAGAUCAUUGGAAAUGAACUUCAGCUUGAUAAACUGGAUGCAAUGAAGAUAGUAGCAGGAGUUCGCGAGGACAAGCGGUAUCUACAGGACAUCUGGAGUUGAGAAAGCACACAUAAAUUACACGAACAAACAGCAUCACAUUCACAGACAGAUGUGCAAGCUACUUUUUUGCUCACAUCUGCGCCACAGGUGGCAUUUAGUGAUAGUCAGGCUCAUUAACAACCUGCUUUUCAAUGUGUUUUCUCUCUUCUUUUCAAGUAUUUAGAGAAUUAUCUGAGGCUACAGUUAGAUAUGGUCGGAUUAGAUAUGUUUGGUGGAAAUGAUUUAACUGUGCCUUUUAUGCAAUUAUUAAAGUGGAGCUCUGCAUGACUGUUUUAUUCUUUGAAGACCGUUUCUGUAGAGUUUAGAUGCAGCUGAGGUAAAAUAUGCAUAAUGCAUCAGACUCCGCAGCCAGGAGGAUGCUAGACAUGAGAAACCAAAACAUGACAGACUGGAUGAGAAAACUGUCAAAAGCUGCCAAAUCCAGGAUCAUCUGUAGCAUUUCUGGGUUCUCCAGCUCUAACUAUUGUUUUUUUUUUAAGAUUACAGAGGAUACUUUAGCAUUAUUCAUUUUCUUCCCAGAAACAUUUUUGCUUUUUUAGGUUUGAAAUGUAUCCUGGGUAUAAGCAGAAAUUAUAUCAAUAUGAAGAUACAUAGUGAGUCUUAAACUUGUGAAAAAAAUAAAGGUAAUACUUUCGGACAUUGACAAUACCCCAGUAACUGUAAUUGCAGUUUUUCUCAGUCGCUUUGGUGCAUUUCUCAGAACACUAUUUACAUUUGCACAACAGUUAAUGCAUUUCUCUAAACAAUUAGUACAAACUGCAAAAACUAGUUGAUAACCUGCAAAAGCGUGUCACUUGCUCAAAAUGAAUAGCUCAUUCCUCAAAAGCAAGUAUUCAUGUCAAUGAAAGUGUCAGUGUCAUCAAGAUAAAAAGUCCUGACACCAUUGUUUAUGAACAGGAUAGUCAGAUGGCUUAGUCAUGUUUUCAUUAUGACAGUUUACUCUACAUUUAUUUCAAUGCAAAAAAAGUCCGAUUUUGGUCACACUUCCUGAAAAUGCUGAAAUACAGCACUAUAUACUAUUUGCGCAGCCAUUUGAAAACUACAGUAAAGUUGGUCAUCACUGCAUUUAGUGAGGUAUCUGAGUGCAAGACACUGAAUAUGUAUGUUUUACAUUUUUACUGUAUAUGCUCUUUGCAAUUCUUAUUUAUUCACAGCAUUGUGCAAAAGACACCCUUAUUUACAGCAAACAUAAACUUCCUUUGGGUAGAGCUGAGCACAACUGUAAACAAUAUUGCAGUAGAUAGUGGAACUGAAAUUACAACAAACAUAGUUCUGUAAAUCAUUCAUGAAAUUUUGCAUUUUAGAAGACAUUUUCAGGAAAAAAAAAAGAAAAAUUUUUUUUAAUAAAAUUCGCUUGACAGAUUUUGACAACUAGUUCAACAUUUUUUUAUGUAAUGAAAUGAGGACUCUUUGUUUUAUUUGGAAUGACUAGUCAGCAUUUACAAGUUUAGUUAAUUUUGACUGACAUGACAUAAGCAAAUGAUAAUGUUAUAAAACAGCAGAGAGUUGUAUGAAAGCAAUUGAUGCAUGACCAAAUGCAUUUGUGAUUUGUUGGAAGAAAUGAAAAACUGCUACUAUGAUGUGCACAAAUGACUAAUUGCUUUGAGAAAUGCAUUAGCUGUUGUGCAAAUGUAAAUAGUGUUGUGAGAAAUGCACCAAAGCAACUUAGAAAAACUGUAAAUACACUGUAAAAAAAAUGCUGGUUUUCACAUAUUACGUUCAUGUUGUCCCAACACAAACCUAUUAGGUUAGUUUAAUCAAUCUUGGAGAAGUUUUGAUUUGCCCUGACAUUUGUGCUUUUUUUCAGUUUCCUAUGAAUAUAUUAAUGGAUAAAUUCUGAGGAUACGUUUUAAAGGGGUGGCCCAGAGUGUAUUUUUAAGGCUUGGUUGUGUUUAUGGGGUGCAAAGCAAUGUGUGCUCAUGCUUCAUUUGUAAAAAAAAAAAAAAAACAUCUUAUAAUUUUUUCAUAUAUCUUACUUUUAGUAUAUACAGCUAUUCAGCUAACAUGAAAACGACUGUCAUAUUUUCUAGUUCCUCCGAAAACCCACCCUCAAGAGGCUCUGAUUGGUCAGUUAACAUAAUGUGUUGUCAUCCCGUGAUUUUUAACAAAUAAAAAUAUUUACAGGUUGUGGCUCACAAUCCACAGGUUCUUCUAUUCUGGUUGGAGCUGCUCUGUCUUUGAGGAGUUUUUAACCGAAUCCAGCUUUAAGUUAGGAGAGAUUCUGGAAGCUGUCCUUUGUCAAAUGUUAGCUAUAUAUAUAUUUUAAAUUCUUGGGAACAUAAUUAAAAUAAAACUGUAAGCACUUC